AUGAGCCGUGGUGGAGCAAGUGUUACGAGCCUUUGCGACCGGUGGGGCGAGGAGGGCGUGCGGCGGCGGGACAAGGCAAAACAUUUCUGCGCUCCAAGACCCAUCGAAGUGCUCUCGCCGUGCGGCCGCCUAUGGCAGGUGGAGAGCAGGAAGGGGGCGUUGACGAUGGCGGGGGCGCGCUAUGAGGUGACCACCUAUCGGAGAGUCUGUCGCAUCGCUCCUGGGCGAGAGGCGGCUUGCUGCUCGGUAAUGUACGACGGCCAGGAGGACGGCAUCUUCAAUUUUUCCGGGAGCAAUCUCUUCUCCCACGGCCUUCUGCUCCGCAACCACUUUGCAGCGGCCCUGGGGGCAGCCCACAGCCUCAACUUCGAGGCCGGUGACAUGGCGACGAGGAGCCUCGAGGGGCCGGACGCUCCUAGGCUUCACGACCGGGUGUUCGACUCGGCCAUGCAAGCCUUCAACGACCUGGCCGCACGCUCGAGGAUACAACACGUGUGCUCGCGCGCUGCUUGCGCACAUCUCUACACGUUGGAGGUGGAGGCGGCCGAGGCGGAGGCUCGGGCGGCUGGCAACCCCCUGAGGCCGGAACGAACAGAGGGGCCAAGCUCCGAGUUGGCCACGUAUGCCUUUGGGCGGGACAAGGUGAUAACCUUCGACGGAACCUUCUUUGCCAACUCGAGCGCGAUGCGUGAUUCCGGCACCGAGGCGUCCCUGCACAGCAUCUGCGAGCCGGACCCGGGGGCGCCAAGGGUUGCCGGGGGCUUUACUCCGUUGAGCGUGGGCGGGGUGCGGCCAUCUGACAUGCCGCUGGAGGGAAUCGACUGCCCGUGGAAGUAUCGGAACGGCCUCUCGGAGCUUCGACCGGCCGUGCGGGCGCUAACACUUCGCUGGUGCAACUUUCGCAAGGCCCCGGCCCAAGGGAGCAACGCGCCUCUGACACCCGAGGAGUUCGUAGCCAUGCGGGAAGGCCUUCCGGCCAACGUUGCUGCUCUAGUCGACCUCGUGACCGAGUCGGGGGCUUGCGCCGACCCGGCCACGUGUGCCGUUUGCCAGGGGGUCCCGAGGCGGCCCUGGAUGCAGGGAUUUUUGAAGGAUGGGCCGGUAGGGCCGACCGGCUGGUGCCCGACCCACUUUCAGCCGUACGGAGCCCUCCUGCACGCUCUUCUCAUUCCCAGGUACUCUUGGGUAUUUGGGCACGUGGUCACCUUGAAGCUGCUGAGACACGUCUUGCUGGAGGGGCCGUUCGACGAGCGUGGGCUGGCGUACCUCUCCGAUGACGGCCCCAUGCUGGCGGCCGUCCUUCGCCUCCAUCCAAUUGCCGGCGGACAAUACGCCUUUCCAGCAACGCUGCGGCCGCUUGUCCGGGACAUCUACGCCACGAACUUCCUCUGCUUUGAGCCGAGCGCGAACCGGCCGACGGGCCGCUCGUCGCAAUCGCCUCUAGCCGCCCUCCAUGAUGCAACCGAGCAUCUCUGGGUUAUCGAAGGCGAGAAGUUAAGGCUUGCGGGUCAGCUAGAAGGGGCGGCUAUGGAGUAUGCCGAGCGACGGGGAGCGGCACUGAAGGGGGCUGCCAACUCGCUUCUGUUCGAGCUCGAAGUUCGAGAGCCCCAGUGCUACGAAGAGGGCGGCUUCCUUCGAGCCCCGUCGGCGACUUACACAG